CGCAGGGGAGGCGGGCCGAGGGGGCGGGCGAGGCACGCGGGCCGGCGGGGAGGUCGGGGGCGGGGAGCAGGAGGCGGCGGGCGCCGGGAAGAAAGGAACAUGGCUCCUGCGGCGGGCAGCGCCGAGCGCGGCGCGGGGCGAGGGCGCGCCGGGCGCCAGUGACCGCGAUGGUGAACUCCAGCCGCGUGCAGCCGCAGCAGCCCGGGGACGCCAAGCGACACCCGGCGCCCCAGACUGCGGGCCGGGGCCGGCUGAUGGCGGGCGGCGGGGCCGCGGGCGCCGGCCUCGCCGCCCCGGGCGGCCUCCGCGAGCAGAGGGGCCUUGAGAUCGAGAUGGAGCGCAUUCGGCAGGCGGCCGCGCGGGACCCCCCGGCCGGAGCCUCGGCCUCCCCCUCUCCCCCGCUCUCGUCGUGCUCGCGGCAGGCGUGGAGCCGCGACAACCCGGGUUUCGAGGCCGAGGAGGAAGAGGAGGAAGAGGAGGUGGAGGGAGAAGAAGGGGGGAUGGUGGUGGAGAUGGACGUAGAGUGGCGCCCGGGCAGCCGGAGGUCGGUCGCCUCCUCGGCCGUGAGCUCCGCGGGCGCCCGGGGCCGGGGGCUGGGGGGCUACCACGGCGCGGGCCAUCCGAGCGGGAGGCGGCGCCGGCGAGAGGACCAGGGCCCGCCGAGCCCCAGCCCGGCCGGCGGCGGGGACCCGCUGCAUCGCCACCUCCCCCUGGACGGGCUGCCGCCCCGAGUGGCCUGGGCCGAGAGGCUGGUUCGCGGGCUGCGAGGUCUCUGGGGAACAAGACUCAUGGAGGAACGCAGCACUGACCGAGAGAAAUACCUUAAAAGUGUUUUACGGGAACUGGCCACAUACCUCCUUUUUCUCAUAGUCUUGUGCAUCUUGACCUAUGGGAUGAUGAGCUCCAGUGUGUACUACUACACCCGGAUCAUGUCACAACUCUUCCUGGACACCCCAGUGUCCAAAACGGAGAAAACUAACUUUAAAACUCUUUCUUCAAUGGAAGACUUCUGGAAGUUUGCAGAAGGCGCCUUGUUGGAUGGGCUCUACUGGAAGAUGCAGCCCAACAACAGAACUGAAGCCAACAACCGAAGCUUCAUCUACUACGAGAACCUCCUAUUAGGGGUACCACGUAUACGGCAACUCAGAGUCAGAAAUGGAUCCUGUUCCAUCCCCCUGGACUUGAGAGAUGAGAUUAAAGAGUGCUAUGACGUCUACUCCGUCAGCAGUGAAGACAGGGCUCCAUUUGGUCCAAGAAAUGGAACCGCUUGGAUCUACACAAGUGAAAGAGACUUGAAUGGGAGUGGCCACUGGGGAAUGAUUACAGCUUAUAGUGGAGCUGGCUAUUACCUGGAUUUGUCAAGAACAAGAGAGGAAACGGCCGCUCAGGUUGCUAACCUAAAGAAGAAUGUCUGGCUGGACCGAGGAACCAGGGCAACUUUUAUUGACUUUUCCGUGUACAACGCCAACAUUAACCUGUUCUGUGUGGUCAGGUUAUUGGUCGAAUUCCCAGCAACAGGCGGUGUGAUUCCAUCUUGGCAAUUUCAGCCUGUAAAGCUGAUCCGCUAUGUCACAACUUUUGACUUCUUCCUGGCAGCCUGUGAGAUUAUCUUUUGUUUCUUUAUCCUUUACUAUGUGGUGGAAGAGAUAUUGGAAAUUCGCAUUCACAAGCUACACUAUUUCAGGAGUUUCUGGAAUUGUCUGGAUGUUGUGAUCAUUGUGCUAUCAGUGGUAGCUAUAGGAAUUAACAUAUACAGGACAUCAAAUGUGGAGGUGCUGCUACAGUUUCUAGAAGAUCAGAAUACUUUCCCCAACUUUGAGACUCUGGCAUACUGGCAAAUACAGUUCAACAACAUAGCUGCUGUCAUAGUAUUUUUUGUCUGGAUUAAGCUCUUCAAAUUCAUCAACUUUAACAGGACCAUGAGUCAGCUCUCCACAACCAUGUCUCGCUGUGCCAAAGAUCUCUUUGGCUUUGCAAUUAUGUUCUUCAUUAUUUUCUUAGCAUAUGCUCAGUUGGCAUACCUUGUCUUUGGCACUCAGCUUGAUGACUUCAGUACUUUCCAAGAGUGUAUCUUCACGCAAUUCCGUAUCAUUUUGGGUGAUGUGAACUUCGCAGAGAUUGAGGAAGCUAAUCGAGUUUUGGGGCCAAUUUAUUUCACUACAUUUGUGUUCUUUACGUUCUUCAUUCUUCUGAAUAUGUUUUUGGCCAUCAUCAAUGAUACUUACUCUGAAGUUAAAUCUGAUUUGGCCCAGCAGAAAGCUGAAAUGGAACUCUCAGAUCUUAUCAGAAAGGGCUACCAUAAAGCUUUGGUCAAACUAAAACUGAAGAAAAAUACCGUGGAUGACAUUUCAGAGAGUCUGCGGCAAGGGGGUGGCAAGUUAAACUUUGAUGAACUUCGACAAGAUCUCAAAGGGAAGGGCCAUACUGAUGCAGAAAUUGAGGCAAUAUUCACAAAGUAUGACCAGGAUGGAGACCAAGAACUGACUGAACAUGAACACCAGCAGAUGAGAGAUGACCUGGAAAAAGAGAGGGAGGACCUGGACUUGGAUCACAGCUCUUUACCGCGCCCCAUGAGCAGCCGAAGCUUCCCUCGAAGCCUGGAUGACUCUGAGGAAGAUGAUGAUGAAGACAGUGGGCAUAGUUCCAGAAGGAGGGGAAGCAUCUCCAGUGGGGUCUCUUACGAAGAGUUUCAAGUCCUAGUGAGACGGGUGGACCGAAUGGAGCACUCCAUUGGCAGCAUCGUGUCCAAGAUUGAUGCUGUGAUAGUGAAGCUGGAGAUCAUGGAGCGGGCCAAACUGAAGAGGAGGGAGGUGCUGGGAAGGCUGCUGGACGGAGUGACUGAGGAUGCAAGGCUGGGUCGUGACAGUGAAAUCCACAGGGAACAGAUGGAACGACUAGUGCGGGAAGAGUUGGAACGCUGGGAAUCCGAUGAUGCAGCUUCCCAAAUAAGUCAUGGUUUCGGCACACCUGUGGGACUGAAUGGUCAGCCCCGCCCCAGGAGCGCCCGCCCUUCUUCCUCCCAGUCGACAGAAGGAAUGGAAGGUGGAGGUGGAAAUGGGAGUUCCAAUAUCCAUGUGUAGGACAUGUGCUAGUAUCUGUGUUCUUAAUAGGUGAGAAGGUGGCUGUCCUGAGUUGCCGUAACAAGUACACUAUUUAUAUGCCCUGACCACCAUAUGAUGCGGGUCUUUGUGACCAAUCGUUAAUUCUUCUGCACUUUAAUUUAUUUUAGAUAAACUUUGCCCAUGGAUCAAAGAAGAUGUUUUUUCUUUUUCUCAUAUAAGAAAUCCAGGUGUAAAUAUUGAGUACAGAAAAAAAAGUCUUUGUAAAGUAUAUUGAGUGGUAUGCCCACUUGGUACCAUAACUGAGUCUCCUCAGUUGACAAUGAAGUAGCCUUUUAAAGCUAGAAGAGAACUGUCAAAAGGCUUCUGAGUUUUAUUUCCAAUCACAAGAGAUUAGUAUUGUCAUUUUUGCUGAGUGUGUGAAGGGAAAAUAGGGGCAAUCCUUUCCGCUCUGGCUUAGCUCAUGGGUUUAAUAUGUAGCUUUCUUUUAAGAAAGGAGCCUUUUAUUUCAACUACCUUCCUGGGGUACACUUUUCUAAAAGAUGAGCUAGAAAAGAACCCCAAACCAUAGAAUGGGUAUGUAGUCCUUAUGCUAGAAUUUGUAUGAAUGGUUACGAUAAAUGUUGAACACUAUACUUUUUUGUUAUUUUAUCGUAUCUAAUGCCUGUGGGACUAACCAUUUCGCUUAAUUUUUACACUGUUUUCACUCUCAUUUGAAAUGAGCUGCAUGAAACCACCAAAGAUCAAUUGUGGGUUGAAAUGUCAUCUCUGACCAUAACACAGGAGAAUUGGAAGAAGCCAAAUCACUAAAUUUGAUUUUUUUUCUAAUAAUUAGUUUACUAUAAAGAUUUAUCCGUAUAGUCUUUUUCCCAUGUGGCUCAACUUAUUUGCAGCUGAAUUUAAUAAUGUAAAUAAUCUAGGAAGAUCAACUUACUAAAUUUUUUAGGAUGUACCGAAUGUUUUCACUCAGCAAAUAUUCAUUGUAAACAAAAUAUUAAGGAAUUUUGAAAUUCAUACAAAAUAUUAUAAAACUAAGGUUUGAGUUUUACGCCAUUUUAAGAACACAGAACUUAAACACUCUUGAUCCUGCAUUUCAAAACUAGAAUUUAUAAACCAAGUGGAGCUCAAUGUAAUGAAAAGGAGUUUUGGUUAUUGAAAGUUCAACCAUUUUCAGAAUAUAUCAGCCAAAGUUUGAGUUUGCAGCAGUUUUUUGUUUUUUGGUUUUGUUUUUUUUUUUUUUUCAUUAGGAGAGGGGCCCACCAAAUUUGUAGGGAAGAAAUCUAUUUCUCAACAAAAACUAAAAAUCUUAUUUUUCAAAACUAUUGAGUAAGCUGACCUUGGAGAGCAAGAGAGAAUGCAGUGCUGGUGAAUAGCUCUCCCUUGGAGAAUAGCAGAGAGGCUUGUUUCUAAUACUAUAGUUUAAAUUCACAUAGUUGUUUAUUUAACUGGUAGAAUGUGUCAGUCAAAUCUUCCAAGAAAACAUGAGAAAACCACCUUUCUAAGCUGGCUUCUACAGAAGGGCUACAGAUUGGGUUUCUUUAACAGUUAUUUUCCAUGGCUCAUCUCCAUCUUUGCUUUCUUUUGAAUAUGCCACACAAAGUUCUUUAUUACUAGGUACUAAAGUUUGCGUUCCGGGGAUAUUGAGUGUACGUAUUUAUGUAUGUGUACCAUGUUGUUACAUGUAAACAAACUUCAAUUUGAAGUGCAGCCAUUAUGUGGUAUCCAUGUGUACUGACCAUGUGCCAUAUAUCACUUACGGUCACUAGAAAGUCUUUUUAUGAUACUUAUCAUACUGCUUUUCAUGUCACCUGUAAAAUUUUGGAAAGUUCUUUUUCUUUACUCAUAAGUUACAUUUUUUUUUUCUUCUUUAGUCAUGGAGAAUUACCUCCUCAUCCCUCCCCUAUCAUCUUCCCCUCUAUAUUGGUAUCAUUAAGAAGUUGCUACAUAUGCAAGUCUCUCUCAACAAUCAAGAAUUUCAUUAAUGUGUAAUACUGCACUUUACUUCUUAAUAAAGACAACAGCAG